AUGCCUUAUCAAUGCAUGGCCAAGUCCGGAAAUAAGUUGGUUGCAGCCAGAGGGUCCAGCAUAGACAUCUUCAACCUCCAAACCGGCUCGCUACUAUCAGUGUGGAAAUGCCCAGCUUCUCAAGAGACCAAAAAUGAGAAUGGAAACUCCAAAGAGCUGCCGAUUACAACAGAGACUUCAGAGCCAAUGCCGUUAAAAGAAGAAAUUAAUGAGGAAUCUGGCCCUCCUGCAAAGAAGAGGAAGCUAUCUGAUGAGCCGGAACCGAACGAGGAUCCAGACAAGAAGUCCGAGCAGAAAAGUGGAAAGAAUGAGAAGAAGGCGAAGCCGAACAGCAGAUCAGCUGCUGUGUCAAGUGGUCUGGAAGCUCCAGCUGUUAUUGCACUGGCUGCUACGAAAGAUGGACGACACGUGAUUGCCGUGACGGGAGAAGACAAGAGCAUCAGGGUGUUUGAAAGCACCGACGAGGGUGGAGUGCAAAAGCUCAACCAGAUAAGUCAACGUAUCAUGCCCAAGCGCCCCUGCUCCGUUACGCUCUCCCUCGACUCCACCACCAUAGUCAGCGCGGACAAAUUUGGCGACGUCUACUCCCUCCCCCUAAUCCCCUCUCCCAUCCAAGACACUCAAAACUCAACGCCCGAACCAACUCGAGCAGCGAAGCCCUUUGUCCCCGCCGCCAACGAACUCACCAUCCACUCUCAGCGCAACCGCAGGGCGCUCGAGAACCAGAAACGCCAGGCAGCUCAACGCGUCGAGAAGACCGAGCCAACAUUCGAGCACAAGCUCCUCCUCGGCCACGUCUCCAUGCUAACCGACGUCGCCCUCGUUGCCGUCGAGGGCCGCACUUACAUCGUGACUGCGGACCGGGAUGAGCAUAUCCGUGUCUCGAGGGGAAUUCCGCAGGCGCAUAUCAUUGAGUGUUUCUGUCUUGGACACACUGAUUUUAUUACCCGGCUUUGCUUUCUGGCGGGGAGGAGUGAUCUGUUGAUUUCAGGGGGUGGAGAUGAUGAGUUGUAUGUCUGGGAGUGGCUAUCUGGACGCCUGCUUGCAAAGGUGGAUUUAAAGACGCACGUUGAUGGUGUGCGGAGCGGCUUAUCAAUGUUUGAGGGGAGUGAGGUCCCGGCGAAGAGUGUCGUCUCGGGGAUUUCUUCUGUGGAAUUGACAAUUGGGGGCGAGGUGAAAGAUGCUAUCGUUGUUACGUGUGAAGGCGUUCCGGCGCUUUUCACAUUCCUUCUUACUGGCCAGAACACCUUAGAGCAUCUCCAGACUUUACAGCUAUUAGGCAAUGCUUUGGGGCUUAUCAUCACAUCAGGUGAACAAUCUGAUGCUACCGCUGGCCUGGUUGUGUCUAUCGACACCAUACAUAAGGCUGGGUCGACAAGCGAGCACAGAGAGAGUAAGACGGAUCUCCAAAGCUCCCUCCAGUCAUACAAGUUCCAAGAGGGGAUGUUGGUUGAAGGAGGAGUAGCGUUCUCGCCAGCUGAUGAUGUGGAAGGAGAAAGUGGUCCUCCUGACCGCUUAGGGGGUCUGUUGUAUAAUCUUGAAAAUUUGAGGAAGAGGGAGGGGGACAACGAGGAGUGCAAAAGCGAAUGA